CGAAAGCGCCGCCAAGGGCGCACGGACCUCUCCAAGGAGCCGGCGGUUGUUGCGCGCUAGGGCGCACCGUCGGGGCGCCUCUUCCCGCGACUCCCCGGCGGCUGCGAGGGACGCAUGGCGCUGCUUUUGGGGGUUGGCGUACUUCUGGCAUCCUGCGCUCCCUUCGGGGUUGGCGGCUUUCUCCCCGGACCGGCGCCGCAGCGGCGCGAAGGCACUUCGAGAGCACGGAAGGACGAUGCUGGGAUCCAGCGGCCGUGGGACAACAGGACCUGUUCGUGGCCCAUCUCGCCAACGAUCCUGCGGGGCGGGCAGCCCAUCAGCCUGAAGGAGGCAGCGUUGGGGUCUCAGGGCUUCCCGGCUCGGCUGAGGGUUGUGCUGGAGGUCGAGGGAGAUCGCCUCCUCCUGGACUUGGUACAGAAUCGGGAGCUGCUGGCAGGCACCCAAGGACUCGUCUAUUACCUUUCCAACGGGGAGAGGGCGACGCAUCCGACGAGCUCAGAGGGCAAUUGCUGCUAUCGAGGGAAGAUCCAGGGCUACCGAGACUCCUGGGCCAAUGUCUGCGUUUGCUCUGGGCUAAGUGGUCUGCUGGUUGUGUCCAGCGACAGGAGCUACAGCCUGGAGUCCAGCGCAGAAGAGUAUCAGGGUACGAGAGCCUACAGACUUGAGUCGGUCAGGCAAGAGACGGGGGAAUGUGUGCUGGUCUCUCUGUCCCGGGGACAGUUCCACCCGCGGCCGCAGCCCGAGCGCAGCUGGCUAAAAAGGGCAAAGCGAGAGGUGGAGCCUGAACGUGGAUUCGUGGAGCUAGUGAUGGUGGCUGACCAGGCAGAGUUCAAUCUGAACCCUGACCUUAACUGGACGCAGACACGGAUGCUAGAGAUCGCCAGCCACAUGGACGGGUUUUACCGGACGGUUGGUCUGCGGGUGGCUCUCGUCGGCCUCGAAGUCUGGAACCAGGGGAACCGCGUUUCUGUGGACGGUUCCCCCCGGGCGGUUCUGGAGCGGCUCUUGCGGUGGAGGCAGGAGGAACUGCUUCCACGGAUCCCACACGACAGCGUCCAGCUUAUCAUGGGAUCUCCGUUCACCGGGGGCUCAAUAGGAACGGCCACGCAGGGUUCGAUUUGCUCCCAUCGCUCCGGCGGGGUCAGCAUGGACCACUCAGUCAGCCCCUUGAUGAUCGCCUCGACUCUUUCCCACCAACUAGGCCACAACCUGGGCCUCGAACACGACGGCGCUGGCUGCAGCUGUGACGGCUCCGGCCCUAACUUAACCCCUGGUCGCAGCUGCAUCAUGGAGCCACUGACGGGCAUCAUGCCCGGUUUAACCUUCAGCGGCUGCAGCCACCGGAAGCUCCAGCAGAUCCUGCAGAGCGACCGGGUGUGGUGCCUCCUCGACGUGCCGGAUCCAGGGCGCCUGGUGGAUUCCCGCUGCGGGAACUUCCUUGUGGAGGGCAAGGAGGAGUGCGAUUGUGGCCUCCUGGUGGAGUGUACAGACCCAUGUUGCAAUGCAAGCUCAUGCAAGCUGGUGCCCGGAGCCCAGUGCGCCACGGGAGGAGCCUGUUGCCACGAGUGCAAGCUCCGCAGCGCAGGAUUUCUCUGCCGGGAAGCCCAGAACGAAUGCGACCUCCCCGAAUACUGUGACGGUACCUCCCCGCGUUGCCGGUCCAACGUCCACAAGCAAGAUGGGACGCCGUGUGGGGACGAGAAGGCCGUCUGCUAUGGCGGGGUCUGCCCCAAUUACUUGAGCCAGUGCCAAGAACUCUGGGGCCCAGGUUCGGUCCCUGUCUCGGGCUCCUGUGUAGUCUCUUUGAAUGGCAGAGGUGACCUGGAAGGGCACUGUGGUCAGCAAGCCGAUGGUUCCUAUUUGCCGUGUUCAGAGAAGGAUGCCUUGUGUGGGCGGCUGCAGUGCCAACCCAGCAGCACCAAUGCUAGAAAACAGAACAGAACGACCAGGGCUCCCGAAUGCCCACAUCACACCCCGACUCCUGUUGAUGACAUCCUGGAUCUGGCCAUGGUGUUGCCCGGCACAAGCUGUGGGGCUGGCAAGGUGUGUGUUGACCAACGGUGUCGAGAUCUCUCCUCGCUCAAGCUGCCAGGGUGCCAGUGCAACGGCCAUGGGGUAUGUAACAACAAAGGACACUGCCAUUGUCAGUCUGGCUGGGCCCCUCCGAACUGCCUGAGCAGUGGGUCGGGGGGCAGCAUAGACAGCGGGUCGGCUGCUAUGGAGUCAAGGGGCAGCGCCACCUCGACCGCCUUAGUGCUGACAGCCCUCUUACUCGUCUUGGUCCUCUGCCUCGGGAUCUGCUGCACCAAGCGGGUCGGCCUCCACAAGCGCCUCUGGCAGAUCGGCAAGGGCACCAGCUGCCAGUACAGCACUGAGGCAGAGUCCCGGGUGCGAUUCAUCCGCCCAGCUGAACAAAGAGGGAUCACGCACCCGGAGCCUCGAAGUUACAGCCAAGCCCCCCCAGAGCGCCCCCGACCCCCACAGUUCAGGCAGAACACUGAGCUCCAGCUCAUGCCGACUUCCAAGCCUGCUGCCCCCGAUGCCUCUCGACCUGACCCACCAUCCAAGCCUCUUCCGCCUGACCCGAUCCCAAAGGGUCAACAGGCCUCGGUCCAGGACAGGCCAGCGCCCCCAACGCGCCCGUUGCCUGCUGACCCCAUUCCUAAAGAUGCUCAGCCCCCUGCCAAGCCUCCGCCUCCCCAGAAGCCGCUCCCUUCGGAUCCUCCCCGGGCCGAGCUGUGCGCUGUUCCCAAUUAUGACCCUCGGGUCCAGAUGCUGCCAUCGAGGCCAGCUCCUCCUCCUCCUCCCAUGGUGUCCAGCCCAUCAUUACACAUCCACAAUAUCUAACCCGGGCCUGGCCAGGCCCACGGACUCUUCCUGCGGCGCCCCUCUCUGGCCGAAACGGGCGAUGAGGACGACAAACCCAGCCCCAUCCUGGCACUC